AUGGAAAGUAACAUGUUGAAUCUGAUGAAGGUGUAUCCCUUAGUUUUCACAUCCUUAACCUAUUGUUAUUGGAUUCGCUCAUUUGUUACACCAGGAACAACUAGACUUUUCUGUCUUGUUCCCGUCAUUUGUCUCAAUCUCUUCAUUCCUCUUAACUUUACCUCCGUACACUUAAGUGGUAACUUAGGAUUUUUCUUGGCCUGGCUUGCAAACUUCAAACUCUUACUAUUUGCUUUCAACAAAGGUCCUUUAUCCUCUGAUCCAUCAAUCUCUCUUCCACGUUUUGUAGCUCUUGCGUGUCUUCCCAUCAAGAUCCAACAAAAUAGCCCCAAAAAACCUCGUGAUCGAAUUUGUCAAACUCCAAUUUCAGAUCUAUCUAAUGCAUCAAAACGUUCUAAUCUUAUAUUUCUUCAUUAUGCUAUCAAGUUUCUUCUAUUGGGCGUUUUGGUUAAACUUUAUGAUUACAGUGACCAUAUUCAUCCAAAGAUUAUCUUGGGUAUGUACUGUUUCCACAUCUACUUUUUAUUAGAAAUAAUCUUAGCAAUUGUUGCAGCAUCUGCUAGAAACAUUUUGGGGUUGGAAGUGGAACCGCAAUUUAAUAAUCCAAUAAUCUCAACCUCACUUCAAGAUUUCUGGGGAAAGAGGUGGAACCUAAUGGUCACAAGCAUCCUACGACCGACAGUGUACGAACCAACGCUGAAAGCAGCGAAGAUCGUUGUUGGUUCAAAGUGGGCCCCACUACCAGCGGUGUUUGGAACAUUUGUGGUGUCCGGUUUGAUGCAUGAGCUUAUACUGUUUUACAUGGGGAGAUUGGAACCAACGUUUAGGAUGUUUGGUUUUUUUGUUCUUCAUGGACUGUGUUUGACGGUGGAGAUUGCGUUGAAGAAGGUACUGACUGACAGGUGGCGGUUACCGAGGUUAGUGUGUGGAACUUUGACCGUUGGAUUUGUUUUUGCUACCUGUUUUUGGUUGUUUCUGCCGGAGUUUAUACGGUGUCGGCUUGAUGUCAUGGCGUUUCAGGAGUAUGCUGCUUUAGGCGUGUUUGUCAAAUAUCUCACUUCUGCGUUUUGA